CGGGCGUCUGUGUGUAACGCGUUAAGAGCAGAUCGGCCCUCGACGGUUUGCUUAUUAAAAUUUACGUCACUCGCCUGUCAAAAACUCAGUCAAACAAAUAAGUUCGGACCUAAUUAACUAGACGUCCCUGGAGUUUAAAUGAAAUUAUUUUUUAGAAAGUCGCAGACGUGGAAGUGAUUUUGUUUGUCGUUCUUUUUUCAAUAAAUCUAAAGAAUCUGUAACUUUUACGAGGCUAAAAAGUUGGUGAUUUCAGCUUUGUCAUAUACAUAUAAAUGUACUAUGAAAGACUAGAAUGGAGUUAGUGAAGUGUAAGUGUGGGUGGCGAACUAGUUAUAGUUAGACUGAUGUGCACUGAGGGACUGAUCACGUGUUGCCGAAGUUGCAAGACAAAUAAGUGAAGUGACUUAUAUGAGACGAGCUGGAUCAACACAAAUUUAGUGGCAUGGAGCUGAUACCAUCGAAUGGAGGCCGCAUAUAUGUGGCAUUCUUUGCGACCAUCUUUUGGGGAAUGGGUGUCCGAGGCCUUCACAAUUUGGAAAUUAACGUACCGAAUGCGGUCCUGGUCGGUGAAACUGUCACUUUAGAAUGUAGUUGGGAAUUAGAAGAUGAAGAAACUCUUUAUAGUGUAAAAUGGUACCGGGGUCGAGAGGAAUUCUAUAGAUACAUUCCGAAGGAGUUACCUCAUACGAGGGUAUUUCCUCUACCUGGAAUUGAAGUCGAUAUAUCGCGGUCAGGUGCGCGGCGCGUGGUUCUGCAGCAAGCUACUCCAGCCAUGGCAGGCCGCUUCCGCUGCGAGGUCUCCGCAGACGCACCAACAUUUCAUACAGAAAUAAGAUCUGCUCCCUUAGAGGUUGUUGAGCCCCCGGAAUGGGGACCGAAGUUGGUGUCAGAGCGAUCAUGGUACGACGUGGGAUCCACCCUUCGAGCAACCUGCGCUUCGCCGCCAGCGCACCCACCCGCAAACCUUACUUUCGGGCUAAAUGGUCAAGAGAUCGACAUGGAGUCCUUAGUACACGAGCUACCAAACUGGUUCAAAUGGGACCCGCCACCAAAAUCUGAGGUCACUACUACUGAACAGCCAGAAGAUGAUGUAAACUUUAAUAUAUUUCAUGAUGAAAGCAAUAUGCAGUACUUGGACGAGUCUUAUAUUAAUCUCCAUAAAGAAGAGAUAAGACGUCCUCCCAAGGAGAGUCCAAAAGUAUCAUUUGAGAGGAUAGAGCCAGAUAAUAGGUUGCCAUCUGUGAGCGAGGUGUCUUUUGUAGUUCGAAACGAGGCAUUCGAGCGCGGCAGUCUCCGGUUGACCUGUAUAGCCAGCAUAUAUAACCUCUAUGCUGCACGCUCCGAACUAAUUUUCGAUGUGGAGCAACCAGAAGUUGCUUCGGUGUUAGGAGUCCGUAACAGUGCUGUAGAUUCAUUUAUCUCCGGUACCUGGCGGAUAUCGGCAUCAUUGGUGCCAUUUUUAUAUAAUAUUCGGUAGUUUAUUAACUAAAAGUGUUUAGAUAAGUACAAAUUUAUUUUUAAGCAUUUGAAUUUUUGUAUAAAUAUAACGAAUCUCAUUUUGUACAAAUCCAUAAAACAUAUCUAAAUACAUAAUACUAUGAUGUUCUGUUAUUGUCAUGAAUAUCAUCUAUAAGAUGACUAUGUUCAGUUUUGGGAACAGUUUUGUAUAGGUAGUUUCUCGUACAUGUCAUUAGUUGUAGGUCAAACUGGCCAAAAUAGAUUGCUAAGGAUUCCUUCAGUGAUAGGUACAAAUCGCAAAGGAUUGUUUAAAUUUGUUUGAAAACUACAAGUUCAUUCGUCUCUGGAAGCAGUUAUUUAUGCCUACUAUUCAGAAGUAGGCACUACUUAUAUGAAUUUAAAUAUUAUUUGCAAUAAAUAUAUAAUAGUAAUAAAAACACGGACGGGGUAGGGCAAUAUAACUAUAAAAAAUACUUAAACACCAAAUAACAAAUUUAUAAAUAAAUAUAAAUUUAUAUAUUAAAUAUUUAAUUUUCAAUUUGAAAAAUGCUUUGUAUAAUCGUUCCUCGAUGUGAAUAAAACCUAGAUGCAUGUAACAAAUAGAGCCAUAACUAGGCUGUAAGUUUUAAAUCAAAUGUGAUAAGCAUAAGGAUAUCUGUAAAAAAUGAAAUAUAAGGGUACGUAAUGUACUUCAAAGUUUACAAACUUAUUCUUGUAGCGUAGUUCGUUUGUUUACCGAGAGCUAUAAAAAGAGGUUAUGAUUAGUACAUUACUAUAAUCGUAUCCUUGUGAAAGACUGAUGAAUUAUUUUAUUAUUUAUUAAAGGUUUUUUUAUCAUAAUGUAAGUAUUAUAAUAUAUUAAAUCACAUUGUUUCUAUGUUAAAUAUAAAAAUAGUAAACUUUACUUUGUAAGUUUCUAUUUCUUUAUGUAUUUCUUAAUCCUAUCAAAUGUUUUGUGAAAAUGUUGAGCAUCUGUAAAUAUAA